ACAAAGUAAGGCUCCGAAACUGGCGACAUAAGUAACACCGCUACCAUACGGGAAAAUGCUUAAUUCCUCAAAAAUAAAUUCCUCAAAAAACGAAAGUAUCAGAGACGGUUCCUCAGGGAACAAAUAAUUACAUUACAUUACGUUAAUGGCACUUAUCCAGAGCGACGUACAACGAAGUGAAUAUCCAUUAAUGAUUAAUGUCCUACAGGGAGUGCCAACUUCCUUGUAAGCAGUCAGAAGGAACGUUUUGCGUCCGCACUCCUCGGCUGCAGGUAUGUAUAAUUCCGUCAGGCUAUAGCCAGUGCUCUUCCCAGGUGAAACAUCUGCGCAGCCUGAAUUUGACGGCAGUCAAAACCGAAACAGAUUGUCUACCCAUCUACAGCUACAUACGCUGAUAUUUGUCACCGGUCUUGAUGAAGUCGGACAAGAAUAUAGGUUACCUAGGAAGGUAGCUGCCAUAACUUCAUAUCUGGAUUUGUUCAUAUCGUGAAGUCGAGGAGAUCCAUAUACCAUGUCUGCAACUGAAAAAGGAAAUGAGACUGCGCAAGGAGACUGUGUGGACACCCAGCUGGAUUCUGGCCUCAUGGCAGAGGGGCCCUCCCCCUCCUCACAGGUAGCACCAUCACAGGUGACUGGUGACUCUGAUCCUGACAAGUACAGAUACAACAUGAACUACACCAGCAUUGGCCAGUGUGUCAUCAUCAACAACAAAAACUUUAAAAAGAAAGGAUUGAACGCUCGCAAAGGCACAGAUGAAGAUGCUGACCGAGCGGAGAAAACGUUCAGAUGGCUGGGUUAUGACGUUAAGACUUUCAAAGACCUGGAAGUAGCGAAGAUGGAGAAGGAGCUGACCAAAGUCUCUAAGGAAGAUCACAGCAAGAUGGCUUCCUUUGUGUGCGUGAUCCUGAGUCACGGGGAGGAGAACGGGAUAAUCUAUGGGACUGAUCGUGACGUGGAGCUCAGCAAACUGACCAGCCUCUUCAGAGGAGACCGCUGUGCUACCCUGGUGGGCAAACCCAAACUGUUCUUCAUCCAGGCAUGUCGUGGUAAAAAACGUGAUGGCGGAAUCGUGGGAAUGAGCCUUGGAGAUACCGAAGCUAUCGAAGCUGAGGAAUCAACCCCCAGGAUCCCUGUAGAGGCGGACUUCCUGUAUGGCUACUCCACUGCUCCAGGGUAUCUUGCCUGGAGGGACAAACAAGAUGGCUCCUGGUUCAUGAAGUCCCUGUGUUUCAUUCUGGACGAGUUUGGGAAACAGCUGGAACUAAUGCAGCUCAUGACCCGUGUUAACAACAUGGUGGCACUCAGCUUUCAGACACCUUGUGCCAAAAAGCAGAUACCCUGCAUUGUGUCUAUGCUGACCAAAGAGCUGUACUUCCAAAAAUAAUGCUCUCAGAAGAGAUACCGUAAAACAAGUCUCUGUGCUUCUUUAUUAUGUAAUGUAGGGUCUUUAUAGGAGAUUAUCUAUUGGGGUUUGGGUUUAAUAGUGUUUUAGUUAUUGGAUUUUGAAUUAUGUGUUUGGAAAGUCCCCUGACUCUCUGGAAAACACUGGCAAAGUUGUGAAAACUUCCGUUUACAUGGAAGUAAUGUUUUAUAAACCAAUUAGACAAUGACAACUUGAAAGGAUUAGGUUUUUUUUUUUUUUGACAGUUUGCACCUUGUCUUAGCAACAACUGUGUUCUUGUAUAAGACAUUGCCCAAAAAAAAUAAUGCAAUCCAAUAAUAAUUCCAGGAGAGACAGCAAUACAAAUACAUUAUGAUUAUAACUUAGUGCCUUUAGCAGCUUGAUAAGAAACUUUCAGCUGUUAUAUAAUGUAGAUUAAAGCUGUAUGCUGUGGUGUCAUAAUUUUGGUUGUUUACACUUGUCUACACUUGUUGUGGUUUGGAUGACAAAUUAUCCUACUGAUUAAAGAACAGCCACAUCCUGACCAGGGUCAACCACAGGGUGGCACUGCAUAUUGAAUCAAACACCUUAAACUGGCAAACCCGUAGAAAAAAUGUCUGUAUGUACACUCGGUGAGCACUUUAUUCGGUAUUUAUUUUUCAUUUUUUAGACUUAUUGGUCUUCUGCUGCUGUCGCCUAUCCACUUAAGAGGUUUGAUGCAUUAUGUGUUCAGAGAUGCUCCUCUGCAUAUCACUGUUGUAAUGUGUGGUUAUUUUGCGUUACUGUCAGUCUGAGCACAGAGGUAUUCAGAGUCAGAUUUCAGUUUUAUGCCCUCUGUAGCCGGCAGGCCAUAUGCUAUGUUUUGCCAAUAUUAAACUGAGCUCUAUAUUACACAA